GCGCCGGGGCGGGCGCGCCGGGAGCCGAGCUCGGCGGCCGGGAGCCAGCGGGGGAACCCUGGGGUCCCGACCAUGAAACCGUCGGGCACGCCCCUCCAGAAGCCGUGGUCGAAGACAAUCUAGCCUUCCUUUAGAAAUCUCUUCCGACACUUAAUGAAGUUUUCUCGUUCGGGGAUUGCUGCACUGCAAUGAAGAGGAGGAGAAAGGUUGCUUCCAGUCUUGACGAGAAGAUCCAUCUGGGCUAUCAUAAAGAGUCUCCAGAGGGAAAUGUCACAGUGCAGUGUGACCAAGUGACCUGUCCUUACUCCUCAGAAAGACCAGCCCCCGAAGCUCUCCACCGUUACCAGGAACUUCCUCCCUCGCCAGAUCAGAGAACUCUUCUGAGUUCUUUGCAGUAUAAUAAGAAUUUGUUGAAGUAUCUAAAUGAUGAUAGGCAGAAGCAACCAUCUUUCUGCGACUUACUUAUCAUAGUAGAAGGGAAGGAAUUUAGUGCUCAUAAAGUAGUGGUUGCUGUUGGCAGUAGUUAUUUUCAUGCUUGUUUGAGCAAAAAUCCCAGCACUGAUGUUGUCACCCUGGAUCACGUAACACAUUCAGUGUUUCGGCAUUUGCUUGAGUUCCUUUACACAUCAGAGUUUUUUGUGUACAAAUACGAAAUACCUCUUGUUUUAGAGGCUGCAAAGUUUUUGGACAUUAUUGAUGCAGUUAAACUGCUAAAUAAUGAAAAUGUUGCAGCUUUUCAGGCAGAACUAACGGAAAAGUCAUCACCAGAAGAGACACUAAAUGAAUUAACGGGAAGACUGUCAAAUAAUCAUCAGUGCAAAUUCUGUAGUAGACAUUUUUGUUAUAAAAAGUCCUUAGAGAAUCAUUUGACUAAAGCUCAUAGGUCCCUUUUGUUAGGGAAAAAACAUGGGUUAAAAAUGCUGGAGAGAAGUUUUUCUGCAAGAAGGUCCAAAAGGAAUCGUAAAUGUCCUGUGAAGUUUGAUGACACAAGUGAGGAUGAACCAGAAAGUGCGGAUGGGUCAGACAAUUUGAAUCAAGAAAGCUUCGAUAAGGAAAAGUCAGACAGAAACGAUUCUGAGGAUGCUGGAAGUGAAUAUAAUGCUGAAGAAGAUGAGCUAGAGGAGGAAAUGUCGGAUGAAUACUCUGACAUUGAAGAACAGAGUGACCGAGAUAAUGAGGCAGAAGAGGAACCCGAGGCAGGGGAUUCUGUAGGAAACAUUCACGAGGGGUUAACACCAGUAAUCAUUCAGAACAGUAACAAGAAAAUAUUGCAGUGUCCUAAGUGUGAUAAGACAUUUGACCGAAUAGGGAAAUAUGAAAGCCACACCCGUGUGCACACAGGUGAGAAGCCCUUUGAGUGUGAUAUCUGUCACCAGCGCUAUUCUACCAAGUCUAACCUUACCGUCCACAGAAAGAAGCACAGUAAUGAAACUGAGUUCCAUAAGAAGGAGCACAAGUGCCCUUACUGUAACAAACUCCAUGCCAGCAAGAAGACCUUAGCCAAGCAUGUCAAGAGAUUUCAUCCUGAAAAUGCACAAGAAUUUAUUUCCAUCAAGAAAUCUAAGAGUGAAAGUUGGAAGUGUGAUAUUUGUAAGAAAUCUUUUACUCGAAGACCACACUUGGAGGAACAUAUGAUUCUCCAUUCUCAAGACAAACCUUUCAAGUGUACCUACUGUGAAGAACAUUUCAAAUCUCGGUUUGCACGGUUGAAGCAUCAGGAGAAGUUCCAUCUGGGUCCUUUUCCAUGUGACAUAUGUGGCCGCCAGUUCAAUGACACAGGGAAUCUGAAACGUCAUAUUGAGUGUACUCAUGGUGGGAAGAGAAAAUGGACUUGUUUUAUUUGUGGAAAAUCAGUGAGAGAAAGAACUACGUUGAAAGAGCAUUUAAGAAUCCACAGUGGAGAGAAGCCUCAUCUUUGCAGUAUUUGCGGGCAGAGCUUUCGUCAUGGAAGCUCAUACAGUGUCUUUCUUUAUAGACUUCACUUACGAGUACAUCAUGAUGAUAAAAGAUAUGAGUGUGAUGAAUGCGGAAAGACAUUCAUUCGUCAUGACCACCUUACAAAGCACAAAAAAAUACAUUCAGGUGAAAAGGCUCACCAGUGUGAAGAGUGUGGAAAAUGCUUUGGUCGUAGAGAUCAUCUUACUGUUCAUUACAAAAGUGUGCACCUUGGAGAGAAAGUGUGGCAAAAAUAUAAAGCAACAUUUCAUCAAUGUGAUGUUUGUAAGAAAAUUUUUAAAGGAAAAUCAAGCCUGGAAAUGCAUUUUCGGACACAUUCAGGUGAAAAACCAUACAAGUGUCAAAUUUGCAAUCAGUCUUUUAGAAUUAAGAAAACUUUAACCAAACACCUGGUAAUUCAUUCUGAUGCCCGGCCUUUCAAUUGUCAGCACUGUAAUGCAACAUUUAAGCGGAAAGACAAGCUGAAAUACCACAUUGACCAUGUUCAUGGGAUAAAAUCCCCUGAUGAUCCACUCAGUACUUCUGAAGAAAAACUUGUGUCCUUGCCCGUAGAAUACUCAUCCGAUGAUAAAAUCUUUCAAACAGAAACCAAACAAUAUCUAGACCAACCCAAAGUUUAUCAAUCAGAAGCCAAGACUUUGUUACAGAAUGUGUCUGCUGAAGUGUGUGUUCCAGUUACCUUGGUGCCGGUGCAGAUGCCUGACACUCCCAGUGGCCUGGUGCAGCAUACAACCACACUUCCGCCAGCCUCCCAUGAGGUCCUGCCACCUCAGCCACAAUCCACUGAUUACCCACGUGCAGCUGACUUAGCUUUUCUGGAAAAGUACACGCUGACUCCUCAACCUGCAAAUAUAGUUCAUCCCGUCCGGCCUGAACAAAUGCUUGAUCCUAGAGAGCAGUCUUACCUUGGAACAUUACUGGGCCUUGAUAAUGCAACUGCUGUUCAGAACAUCUCCAGUGGUGAUCAUCACUCAUGAGUGAACAUUCCUCAGACUCCUGAGGGCUACAUGGAACGGUAGCCAAAGCUGGUGGCUUUUAAGUUUGUGAGCUGCUGUUUUCACUUUCUCUAAUUUCUCAAGUCCUCAGUUUCACCUCCAGAAAACCAUGUCUCUGUUGACUGAACAUGAUGCUAUUUGGACACAUUUUGGCAUAGCAUUUGACGUAAACUUUUUUGUAUUUUCAAAGAUUAUUUAGUGAUAAUUUUAAUGGAUUCUAAAACUUUGCAGAAUUUUUAGUUGCUAAUAUUAUGGGGACAAUUUUUUUUAAUCAGUCCAGAUUUUUAUUCUUUAGUCUCAUUAUUCUUUUCUCCCUUCCUCUUCUUACAAACAAGUUUAAGGACUUGUAGCCUUUAAAAGGAAGUUGAUAAUCAUAAUUCUUUCUUACCGUAAGAUUCAUUAUUACUUUAUCCAAAUUUUUUAAAUUGAAAUUAAGGUUUUGAAUAGAUGAGAAAAUCUUGGAUGUCUCUGUUUGUCUUUGUGUAUCAUUAAUUGGAUUUCUGACAUGCCAAGUCAAAAAAUCUAAUUAAUGUAUGUUAAGUGAAUUUUAAUAUUGAAAUGAUUAUCCAGAUAAUCUGGUUUCGUGUAUAUUCCAGUUAUUAUGAAUAACAAGUGCAAACAUAGUUCUAAUCAUUAAAUUACAAGUUAAAAAUAUGUGCGGUUUUAACAAGAUAUCUUCAAGGUAAGUUCAUCUUUGUCAUUAUCUCAGAAACAUUAGCAAUAUCACAGCAUCUAUCUCCCUGUCAUCAAGGAAGGGAUAGUUACUAACUUAUGAUUCUAUUUUGCAUUUCAUUUACUUUGGCUAACUGAAAUUAGAAGACAGAAUCUAGAAAUUUCAUGUAUAAUUGUCAGAAAAGACACUGAACUUAAUGUUGUUUUAAUUGAAUGGAACUUCUUGUGUACAGAUUUUCAUACAAUCCAGAUCUUUAUUUUUUGCUGUCAUAUAAGCCCAAUGUCUGUAAUUAUCCUUGUUUCUUAUUUUUGUAUGAGACAAGUUGGGGACUUAGUGAAUGGGAUUAAGUAGUUACAGUAAAACCUCACUGUUUAAGUUUAAUUGAGGAAAAACUCGAAAUUAUAAAAUGUCUUUAAAGAUGUGCACUUUCCAUUUUUUCAAGUCAAUUUAAACUAGGAUCUUGUUUUCCUAGUGGAAUUGCUUAAGAGUUAGAUUAGGCAGGGUGCAGGGUCGAUUUAUUGUUAACAUGACAUUUGUAUGUAAACUACUGGAAAAAUAGCAGUUUUAAAAGUUUUCUAAUUCAGUUUUGUUUACACUCCUAAUUGCUUUAAGCACUUUGUGUGUGUGUGUGCAUGUGUGUGUGUGUGUGUGUGUGUAUGUGUGUGUAAGCUGUAAAGUCUGGCCUGGCCCAUGUGAAAAAAAAAAUCACAAAGUAAUAAGUUGUUAGUGAAUAAAAUUUUAACCAGUUAGCAGUGGAGGAAAUGGUUUGCUGAAGCACUUAAGAAGAAAUGAAGGUACUUUUUAAGAACAUUUGCCGUAUUUGUGAUGAUUACACGAAAUAAUAGUGUGGGUAACUGAGGCCGUUAACCAAAGUAGUUAUUAUAAAUAAUAAAACCAACCUGAGUUUUGCCUCAUUAUUAAGGUUUGGUUGUAAUUAUCUUAGGACCAGUAGUUGUUAUUUUUUUAAAGCAUUCUUAUUUACUUUAUGUGGAAAUGGUAUAUUUGGGUACUUACACAAUUGAGCUUGACUAUAAGGUACUGUAAGUCUUAUUGGUCUUUCAAAUUGACUGUUGUGAUCUUUGUCAUAAAGACUGGCAAGAUUAUAGUAAGACAAAAUCUUACACUACGAUGAAAACAGAGCUUAUCUAAAAAUAUAUUCUGCUUUAUGUGUAAGCUAAUGUAAAAACUUCAGACUUAUAAUAAGGCAAAUGGUAUGUCUGUGUGUAUAUAUGGCAUAGUGUAUAUUUGGUGGCAAGAAAAGAGGAUUUGCAUUUUCACAUUGAAAAGAAUACUUGGCUUUUGGAAGGUAUUUAGGAUUCUUUUAUUAAUGAUGUUCUAAUGCUUUAAAUAUAUGAUGUAACUUUAGCGCUGGAUUUGCAUAAAACUUUUCUGGAAUAUAGCUCUGAAGUAAAGUGAAUAGUUGGGUUUUGUUCUUACUAUAGAUAACUUGAACUUGAAUAGUGGUUUACUGUUGUCUAAAUACAUUCACAUACCUUCUCACUGGACCCUUGUAAUCCACUCCAAAAUGGAAGCGAUGUGAUGCGUUUCUCUUUGGAGAAAGAGAUUCUGAGGCUAGGAAGAAAGAAGUGGUGUGGCCGCCGGUGGGCCAGUGCCUGGUGGGCGACUGGCAGGUGAUGGGAAGGCAGUGCUGAUAGAUGCUCAUUGUGCUCAGGCACUCCAUUCUCCUCCGAGGAAGGCUGUCGAAUUCUCACAUAGAAACAGCAAACAAAAAGCCCACAAGGAAACAGACUUGCUGCCUUUAAUUUCCAAAAACAGAAAAAAAAAAUUACUUGGGACAAAUCUUCAUGGAGUUGGGCAAAACUGAAUGUAUAUAAAAUUUUGAAGUUGGCAUAGAAAGUAUAAAAUGAGGCCUACUCUUCUAGUUCACCUUUCUGUAACUCUAAAAUCUCUUUAUUUUGUAACUAAAACAUUGAGUCUCACAACUAAGUUUAGCCUCAGUGAGAAUUUUUUUAUUUUGUGAGUAUAAUUUAUUGUUUUAAAUUAAUAUUUAGCAGAUAGCAGUUAGCACUUAAUAUGUAAAUUGAAUAAUUUAUCAAGUGCAGAACUCUAUUAACCUGAUCAGUUUUGACUUAAAUGCACCAAAGAUUUUUAGUAGGUAUUAAAUAGUUUUUAAGAAUUUACAUUCUUGGUGUUUGAAUAAAUAUUUGUCCAAAGAAGCACAGCUGAAGUCUUAGGAUAAUGGAUUUUUUUUAAGAAAAAAAAUACCAUUAAGUCUGAAUACUGAGAUUAAGUAUUAAAUGUUUGUGUUUAUAUGUGUAAAACUAAGAGCAGAAGAAAAUACUCUGGGAAUAGUCGUACUGAUAAACCAAUUACAAGUACAAACAGUUUUCCUCAGUUUUAAUUGAAUGUUGUUUUCAGUGAACACUAUCAUAUGCUGAAUAAUAAGCUUAUUUUUACACUACAUUAUCAAAAUAAUUUUUGCCUUAGUUUUUUUUUUUGAAGAUCAAGUUGAAGUUAUUUUUAUAAGAAACCUCCACCUGUUUUUCUUUGUUGUUGUUUUUUGUAGCUAUUCUAAAAUAAUACUUAAAUUUAGGGUUAGCUCCUUAUAUCAGCAGGAUACCUAUAAUCAACAACUGUAGAGGUGGUAGAUUUCUCAUAUAUUUAAGUGAUUUAGAAAUUCAUGAUGAGAGAAAAAAAAGGAGUAAAAAAAUAUGGUUUUAAACUGGUGCUUUGUAAGUGACUACAUCAUAAGUGAUGGUAGGUCAUGAAUAAGUACACUAACAAUUUUCUCCAAACCUUAAGAAGUGUCAAUCAUCCUUACAGAGUGACUGAGAAGUGUUAAGGGCUAAUAAAUGAAUAUUCUUUGUUGCUUUCUGCUAUAAUUGGCUUUAAACACUAAGUAGACAGCUAUGCAUAUAGCUUGAAUUAUCACAUCACUUUUAAUUUAUUAUGAAGAGUUACAUUUUUAACCUUUCAUCUUUACAUCUUUCUGGACUAAAUACUUUGUGCCUUUUCAAAGUGUAGUGAUUGCUUCCAGUUGAUUCUGCUGAUUAGAUUGUAUAGGUUAAUGAUUGAUUUGUUUGGUUUUGUUAGGGGUCUUCUGUUUGUGCUGCCUGCUGGUUGGGCAAUGAUUUUUUUCUUUUUUAGGUUGCUUUAUGUUUAUGUAGGAAAAUUGACAUUAAGUACAUGUGAACAUUUAUUUUUGUGAUUUUCCUAUCUUUUUUAAGUCUGUAUAGUGAAGCCACUCCUGGGACUGUCUCUAGCUAGACACUAGACACUUAAUUGGAAGAACCUGAAAAAUCAAAUGAGUAGCCCCAUCACCUCAGUCUUUCUCUCUCUCUCUCUCUCUCUCUCUCUCUCUCUCUCUCUCUCUCUCUGUCUGUCCCUCUCUCAUUCUCUUUUCAGCCAAUUGUCAUCACUCCCCCUCCGUGCAGGUGAGCAAGACUUCUUGUGUCAGUUUGCUUAAUCCUCCGCAGGGGUGCUAGUUUGAGAAGUUUCUCAUUAGGGGAGGCAACCUCUUAACACAUAUGUAAAUUGAGUUAAUGAACUCAGGAAAAAUUAGGACUUUUAAACAAAGUUAUCUCCGGAUAUUCUAAGAUUUAGUGCCAAAUUUUAGAUGACCGAAAUGUAUUUUUUAAUAAGGGACAAAUAGCAUUUCAGAAAACUUUUUAAGUAGUAGUAUGGCAAAUGGUACUUGCUGUUUGUGUCAAUAGUGGAUAAUGUGGGAAUAAUUUUCUAAACCAUUUCUGGGAACUAGACAAUUCUUGUAUAGAGCCUACCCUUUUCUUUCAUACAUUUUCCUCAGCACAGCUGGUAGUUUUUUUUGGUUUUUUUUUUAAGGGAAGGUCCUCCUUUGUUUCCUGUUAUUUUUACUUAGGAUACUUUUCUCUGAGAAUAGUGGCAUGUGUUCUGUUCUCUCUUUGGAAGUAACAAUAACAAAGAAGUAAUACUAUGAGAGAUUUUUGGUAGAGAAUGUGUGUACCUUUUCCUCCUUUUUCAUUUUUCAACUCUUUGGAUAUUGAUCUUAUAUAUCUGUGACUUAAUCCCAAAAGAAUUUAAAUUCAAUCUCUGCAGUUGUUUAGAUACAGAGAAAUUAGGAAUUUUAUCCAGAUCAUAGAGGUUAUAUGAAGAAGAAAAUGACCUUAUAUUUUUCAAAUUCUUAGAUAAGGAAAGGUAAUUUCAGUGUUUGCAUUACUGCCAGAGAUUCUAAAACAUUACCUUGAAGAUCACAAAUGCGCCAUUGUAUAGCUGUACCUCUGAUAUUCCUGCUUGCAGAAAGUCUUGACAGUGUACUGUGGUAUAAUGACACUUUUUUUUAUUGCUUCCAACAACCAGACUCUUCUGAUCCUAGAAAUAAAAUUGUACUACAGUUGAUGGGUGUAGCUGCCACACGAGAAUGCGGAAGCUGGAAUCUGGGUGUUUAGCUGCUCUGCCUUGUGUAGUAACUGUUCUAAUGGAGAGUUACGAUGUACAUUGAUUACAAAUGCUUUUGAACUUGUUUUCAGCCUCACAUCAUAACUUUUUGUUUUUAAUAAAGGACACUUGAAAGCAAUUACAAAAGAAAAUCUAAAAUAUCAAAAAGUCAUUGUCAACUGUGUGUGAAGUAUCUUGUGAGUUUUAAUACAUAAUUUGUCUCAUAUUCCUUAUGGAUAAAUGUCUAUAGAAAAAAGGUAGUUAUUUGUGAAGAAUAGGAAGUGUCUUGUACAUUGAAUUAGUUCUUUGUGUUAUUUUGAUAUUUAAAAUAAAUAGUCAUUUGGUCCUAAUAAAGUGUGUCUCAAGU